GUAACCCUGGUCAAAGAUCUGGGGAAACUACAAAUAUUUGAGCUUCUCUUCUACCGAACUCCGCAUUGUGCGGGUUCGUCACCACUCUCCCGCCCUGUACGCGGGGGAAUUCUGUACGCGGGAGAAAUCUGUACGCGGGAGAGGGGGAAAACCCUUACUAUCUUCGAUCCGGCCCAUUUCAUAGGCGGCCAUUCUUCGUCCGUCUCUGAAUCGGUCGAGCUUCCCACGCCCCUCCCGAUUCUAGUGUCCCGGAUGAAAGGACCUAUGGUCCAUCAUGACGCAAGGAUGCGAGGCUAUGGGGGUCAAGCUAUGGGUUAGAGCUAUAUGAACCUCAAUCCCCAGAUACAAUCCCCAGAUAUCGAAACUAUGAUGGUUGCUUGUUCUGGUCCCCGCUACCCUUCCUGACAGUUCCAAAGUGUCUGUCCGGCUGAGUGUUUUCGUCGUGCGAGUCUCUUAUCGCCAUUAUGCUACCCUUCGUCGUCGCAGCUCUGGCCUCGGUGGCUACGGCCUCUCAAUGCGGUCUCAAAAAGUUUGAGAAUCUGGUGGCCUUCGGCGACAGUUACACCGACGAAGGCCGGCUCUCGUACUUUAUCAACAACAAUGGCACAGCUCCCCCGGCCGGUACUCUGCUCCCGCCGAGCAACUCGACCGCGAGCGGCGGCUAUGCCUGGGGCCGGAUCGCGGCCAACUCGACGGGAGCAAACUACUACGGUUACGCCGUCAGCGGCGCCACCUGCUCCAACAAGAUCAUAUCGCGCGACUUCGCAGCCAUCAAGCAGCCGUUUCCCUCCGUGCUCGACUACGAGAUUCCGGCGUACAAGGCCGACACGGCGUUCGAGACGCUGUACCCGAACAGAAAGGCGGACAACACGGUCUACGCGCUCUGGAUCGGCACAAAUGACCUGGGCUACGGCGCGUUCCUCACCGACACCAACGCCGCGGGCACGACCAUCUCCAGCUACGUGGACUGCAUCUGGGAGGUCUUCGACAACGUCUACGAGACGGGCGGGCGCCACUUUGUCCUCUUGAAUAUUGCGCCGCUGGAGCAAUCUCCGUUGUACGCCGCGACGGGGCCGGGGAAGAGCGGUUUCGGGGACAGCCAGUUCUGGACCAACAAGACGGCGUACAACACGACGGAGACGGAGUUCAAGAUGUUCGAGUACAGCACGAGCGUCAACACCAUGUUUGACUAUGGCGCACCGUUCCACUUGCUCGUCAAGAAGCGCUGGCCCGGGGCGAGCUUUUCAAUCUUUGAUGUGCACUCUCUGCUGCGGGACGUCCAUGCCGACCCCUCGAGUUACCUGUCGUCGCCUGCGAACGUGACGGCGCCGUACCGUACCUGUGAUGCGGUGACGAGGGCUUGCGUUGACUCGUCGGAGGCCAAGUCGAGCUUUUUGUGGUACGAUGAGCUGCAUCCUUCGGAACGUGCAGAUGAGAUUAUAGCGCAAAACUUCAUCGACGUUGUGUACGGUAACUCGACGUACGGCACGACAUAUACGUCGUGAGGGCCUCGUAUCCGGCCAGCUCCUGUCGGAUGAGGUUGAUGCUUGAUGAAUCCAUGGGCUGUUGAUAAUGCUGGAGGCCAGACCAAUGGAUAAUGGAAUAAAGCAUAUAUGAUGUGUGUCUUGUGAGAACAAGAGUCGGCAUGUAAUGGUAGGAGAUGC